CUUUUAAUUCGUGAACUCUUCGAAAAUGUUACGGCAUCAUAUAAAAUUGAUAAGCGUUACGUUUUUGAUUGCAAUUGGUUUUUGUUGCUGUUUAACGGUAUCAUCCGAUACUCGUCCUAAGAGUUAUGGCUAUUAUCGUUUGCCUACAUCCCUAAAACCGGAAGUGUAUACCUUGAAGAUUAUGACGAAAUUGGAAGAUCCAUCAAAUCUUAUGUUUGCUGGCGAAGUCGAUUUACUGUUUAAAGUUUUAAGUGAUACUGAUAAUAUAACGUUGCACGUUCAAAAUCUAACAAUCGAUGAAAAACGUACCGAAUUGAAGAAAUACGACGACAACAGUACACUUUACUGCAUUAAAGACUCGACGAUUUUAGAAGAACAUGAUUAUUAUAUAAUAAGUUUGUGUCAACCGUUGCAAAAAGAUGAAAUGUACACGCUUACGUUGGCAUUUAAGGCCCCAUUAAAUCAGCGUUUGCAUGGUUAUUAUCGUAGUUCGUACUUAGAUAAGUCGACAAAUCGGACCAAAUGGCUAUCGAUAACACAAUUUGAACCAGCUUAUGCUAGGAGCGCUUUCCCCUGCUUUGAUGAACCGAAUUAUAAAGCGAAAUUCAAAAUUUGGUUGGGCCAUCAUAAGGCGUUGACCGCCUUAAGUAAUAUGCCUUUGGAAAGACAAGAACUCAUCGCGGAAUUGCCUGGCUAUGUAUGGAGCGUUUUUGAGGAAUCCGUACCUAUGUCCACUUAUCUGGUGGCCUAUUCGGUAAACGAUUUCACUUACAAGUCAUCAGGCGAUAAUGGUGUUAUGUUUCGAACUUGGUCUCGUCCGGAAGCUAUGAAUCAAUGCGAUUAUGCCGCUGAAAUAGGUCCGCAAUUGUUAAUGUUUUAUGAAAAUCGUUUUGGCAUUAAGUUCCCUUUGAAAAAGCUUGAUCAAAUAGCUAUACCGGAUUUUGAAGCGGGUGCAAUGGAAAAUUGGGGUUUAAUUACUUAUCGUGAAACGACUCUACUAUUUGCCCCAAAUAUAUCUUCAGAAUCGAAUAGAGAGCGCAUUGCUACCGUAAUAGCUCACGAGCUGGCCCAUCAAUGGUUUGGUAAUUUGGUGACUAUGAAAUGGUGGUCAGAUCUAUGGUUAAACGAAGGUUUCGCCACUUAUAUGUCGAAUUUGGGCGUCGAUUAUUUAAAUCCUGAUUGGGAGUUGCUGAAUGAAGAUGCUAUGGAUAAUAUCUUAGGAGUCUUUAAAUAUGAUGCUCACAUCAAUAGUCAUCCAAUAUCGCAACCCAUUGAAGCUACGCAGCAAAUAAAUGAACGUUUCGAUACGAUUUCCUAUAAAAAGGGAUCAGCGGUGUUGCGCAUGUUGCAUAUGAUUCUGGGUGAAGAAGCUUUUUUUGAAGGCAUACGUCACUAUUUAAUGAUUAAUAUGUUUAAUAAUGCCGAGCAAGAUGAUUUAUGGAACGCUUUCACUGACCGAGCGCAUCUUUAUAAACGUAUCGAACCUGGAUACGAUAUGAAAACUAUUAUGGACUCUUGGACAUUACAAGUCGGUUACCCCUUGGUGAAGGUUAUACGCAACUAUGAUACUGCGACUGUGGAGAUAUCGCAGCAACGUUUCUUAUUAAAUAAUUCACAAUCAGUUAAUGAUAAUGAUAAAUGUUGGUGGACGCCGUUGAGCUUUACAACAGCCACGAAAAAGGAUUUUGCUACAAAUCAUUCACUACAUUGGCUCGAAUGCAAAGAGGGCAAAAAAAAUAUAAAAAUAAAUUUAGAAAAUCUUGCAAAUAAAGGAGAAUGGAUCAUUUUCAAUGUGCAAAUAUCUGGCCUAUAUCGAGUUAUCUAUGAUGAGAACAAUUGGAUUUUAUUGAAUCGAACUCUAAAUAGCAACAAAUAUAAUGAUAUUCAUGUCUUGAAUCGGGCUCAGCUAAUCGAGGAUGUUCUAUCGUUAGCUUGGGGAGGUUAUAUGGAUUACAAUACUCCGUUAGAUAUGUUGCAAUAUCUUAAGCAGGAAAACAAAUAUAUACCAUGGUAUACGGCACUGCAGGGCCUAGCAAAUGUUGAUCGUUUGCUAAAGAAUUUCCCUACACCAUACGGAUUUUUUUCGAAAUUCCUAGUUGAUAUUAUUCUACCCGUAUAUAAUAGUUUAGAUGGUUUAAAUAAUACCAUAAAAGCAACGGAAAUUUCUCAAGUUAAACUUAAGCAUAAAAUGCUGAUGGCUAAGUGGGCAUGUUAUUUAAAAAUAGACGAUUGCGUACAAACGGCUGUAAAGUAUUUCCAAGAAUGGAAACAAUCGUCUGUCAAUCGCAUACCGGUUGAUUCCAGAGUAAUCGUUUAUUGCACAGCUAUAAAGCAUGGCGAUCGUAGUGAUUGGGAAUUCCUAUGGCAACGUUUACAAGAAUCUAAUGUGGCCACUGAGCGGCGUACUUUAAUCCAAGCGCUGUCAUGUUCACGAAAUUCGACUUUGUUAAAAGCUUACAUUGAUUUGAUCUUUGACGAGAAUAAAUACAUACGCAAGCAAGACUCUGCUGCUGCUUUCGGCGCCGUGGUACGUAAUGAAGUGAGUUUUCCCGCGGCCAGGGAUUACCUUAUCGAACAUAUCGAUCAAUUACAUGAAUUCUACGGACCUACUUCGCAUGACUUAACCAGCUUACUUUCGUCAGUAGCAGGUCAAAUAAUCAAUACGGAGGAUAUGAAUUUAAUACAAUCUUUAUUAGCUAGAAAGAGAGAUUUCUUUAAGGAAUAUCAGAAAAGUGUUUCAAAUGCUUUGGAAACAAUUCAACUUAAUAUCGGUUGGAUUAAUCGCAAUACCGAUAUCUUGCAGAGAUAUUUAGUAAAGCGUACGUCAGGCGAUCUUCAUUAAACAGAUACAAAGCACUUGGUUAAAUGAACGAUUGUCUCUUUAGAUAUGCGCUUUAAAAGCGACUCAGUGUUUACUUAUAUUUGAAUUAUUGACGACAAUCCAAUAUGUACGUCAAAUAGAUAUAUUACUUACCUUUACAUUUUAUAUGAAUUUCAAAAUAAAAUACAUA